UCCGCGCGAUGUUUCAGCGCGAUCAGCGAUCACAGUCAUUUCAAACUUUCCGCAUCGUACGGCGAUUUCGGCGAAAUUCUCUGAGCGCGCAAAUUCGAAUUUUUUUCAAUUUGAAAAAUUGGGUUUCCUUGAAAUUCAAAGCUUCAUGUAAAUUGAUUUUCAAUUAGAGCGGUCGUUUUAAUGCGAAGUGGGAUAAUACCGGAUAGCUGGUUCUAAAUUGUUUGGCAAACAUUAUCUCGGAUUUGGUGUUGUCGAGUUAAACGCAGUUUUAGUUGUAGUUUGCAUCAUUACCAAUGUUUUCAGUGAUAUCAGAUGAAAACAUGACCUUUAGUGAAGAUACUUUAUAUAAGCUCAAAUAUUAGCUAGGAUUAAAGAACUCAGAAUUGUUUUAAGUUAAGCACAAAGACACAUCAGAACCUAACACAAACCUAAGUCAAUUUCUGGUAGCUUAAACAAGACUGAUUCCACCAACAAAGAAAAACCGCUACCAGUCACAUUAUUGAAAAAAUUCGCUUCACUGGGGCGUUACAAGACGAUGAAAUUUUAUUUAAAUUUGGUUUGUGUAAUUAUUGUUGUCACUAGUUGCAUCUUAAGCUCACAUGCCCAUUACACACAACAAUGGGCUGUCCAUAUACCUGGUGGUUCGCAAGUAGCUGAGGAAGUGGCCGCAGAUCAUGGAUUCGUCAAUCAUGGGCUGAUAUUUGAGGAUCAUUACUUUUUUUCUCACCGUCUGGUAGCAAAACGCUCAAUAAAUCCGAAUCCCGAGAAGAGAGUGCGACUUGCUGCGGACACCCGUGUAGCAUGGGCAGCUCAGCAAAAGGCCAAGCGAAGAGUUAAACGAAGCAUUGCGCUUCAAGAUUCCGACCCAAAAUGGAGCAGCAUGUGGUAUCUGAAUCGUGGAAAUGGGCUAGAUAUGAACGUAAUUCCUGCUUGGUUGGAAGGUGUUACUGGCAAAGGAGCGGUAGUGACCAUUUUAGAUGACGGCCUUGAAAAGGACCAUCCUGAUUUAAUAAGAAACUACGACCCUUUGGCAUCAUACGACGUCAACAACCAGGAUUCUGAUCCCAGUCCUAGAUACGACAUGAUCGACUCAAACAGGCAUGGUACUAGAUGUGCGGGCGAAGUAGCGGCUACGAGUAAUAAUAGCAUUUGCGCCCUUGGCGUUGCCCAUGGUGCCCAUGUGGGUGGAGUUCGGAUGCUGGAUGGAGACGUUACCGAUGCUGUCGAAGCUAGAAGCUUGAGCUUGAAUCCGCAGCACAUUGAUAUAUACAGCGCCUCUUGGGGUCCGGAUGAUGAUGGCAAAACAGUUGAUGGGCCCGGCGAACUUGCGACAAGAGCAUUUAUUGAGGGUGUGACCAAGGGCCGAAACGGGAAGGGUUCGAUAUUCGUUUGGGCGUCAGGGAAUGGAGGUCGAGAUCAGGACAACUGCAACUGUGAUGGAUAUACGAACUCAAUCUACAGCCUGUCGAUUUCUAGUGCUACCGAACAUGGAUAUGUGCCAUGGUACAGYGAAGCAUGUAGUUCUACUUUAGCCUCAACCUACAGUAGCGGUGCAGGAAAUGAACGGCAAGUCGUUACGACGGAUCUUCGGCAUGCGUGCACUAGYAGUCAUACUGGCACCAGUGCUAGUGCCCCGUUAGCUGCCGGAAUUUGUGCAUUAGCUUUGGAAGCCAAUCCGAAUUUAACUUGGAGAGACAUGCAACAUAUUGUGGUGCGCACCGCCCGGCCACAGCAUUUAACGGCUACUGAUUGGCAAGUGAAUGGGGCUGGCAGAAAUGUGUCCCAUAGUUUUGGCUAUGGUUUGAUGGACGCCUAUUCCAUGGUCGUAAUGGCGAGGAAUUGGAUUACGGUUCCAGAACAGCACAAGUGCGAAGUUCUCACCUCUGAUGCUAACAAGCAGAUUCCGGCGAAAAGCGAGGUAAUUAUUCCGAUGCAAGUGACAGAGUGCGAUGGGGUUGAAAUCUUGGAACACGUCCAGGCCAAGUUGACGAUUUUCGCUCAAAGACGCGGAGAUUUAAAUAUUCAGCUGACUUCUCCGAUGGGGACUAAAGUUACGCUUUUGGCACACCGAACCCAUGAUAAUUCCAGAGCUGGGUUCAGCUAUUGGCCUUUCAUGUCGGUCCAUUCAUGGGGAGAAUCGCCAUUUGGUACUUGGAAACUUGAAAUUCACAACGAUGGCCGUCUAAUGGGAAGAGCAACGCUUCAGAAUUGGUCCUUAUUAUUAUAUGGAACGAAACGGUUUCAGUCAAUAUCUUCAAAUACGAAUGAGCCUCUCAAACCGAAUAAAAAACCGUCCAGAGGUUCUAAAAAGAAUAAACCCAAACAAAAAACGUUUCCAAAGCUUAAAAACCAGCGGCUAUCGGUUAUCACAACGAGACCGCCGAAAAUUCUGUCGAAACCCAAAGUAAAGCAAAUUGGGCCUGUUAAAGAUACGAUAGUUGCUAACAUUCUCAACAACACGAUAUUAAAUAGCGCUUCCAAAAGUAAAGCGAAGACGUCUCUUCCUACCAGUACAAUCAGUAGCACAACAAGCGACUUUUCUCCGUAUUUCUAUGCAGUUCCCGAUAGUAAAGUGAAUCUGGACCACGAGCAAAUGGUGAAACACUAUUUAAAAUUCGUUAAAAACGUCACUAUUACGUACCCGGUUAUGAUACCCGCAAGAGACUCCAGCGACAAGAAAAGUUAUAAGAAAAGCCAAAAACUAAAGGAAAAAAGUCGCGACAUUCAAUCGUCGAAUUUUAAUCCCAACAUGAAACCGUUUUUUCCCAAGCCAAGUGACAAACCAUGCAAUAAAGAAUCGAAGGCAGACAUUAAGUACUGGGAUUUGACGCUGUAUGGAACUGCAACGCGUCCUGCAUACGAUUUGAAGCAAUCUAAAGAGGCAGAUAGCACGAUUCCAGUUCUAUAUAACGAUGUUUUGCAUAACUCAAUUGAUUCCUCUGCGAAUUGGAAAAACGGAGCCGAGAAUCGCAAAGAUACGCUAGAAGUAGAAGAAAAACAGAAGAGCUCAUCGUCGUCAUGCAAACAUGCGAACAGCAAUUUUUGUUUAGAAUGUUACGGGGGCUUAUUGUUAUACAAUGGGACAUGUAUAACAAAUUGCACGCAGGGGUUCUAUGACAGUAGGAACGAUUUAACCGAAAAAUACGACGGAAUUAAUUUAGCCAGUAAUGGCAAAUGUAUUAAGUGCCAUUAUAGUUGUAAGGAGUGCAGUGGAUCUUUAGAUUAUCAAUGCACAGAAUGCUUUUCUGAUGCAGCGCUUUAUAGGCCGUCCGGCUCAGCAAGCUAUUGCUAUCCUUCGAACAUUAUUUACGACGUUCUAUCAGAGAAAUGGUAUUAUAGAGUGAUAUUAGUGUUAACGUUUUGGACAAUAUUAUUUUUAGUGUUAGGUUUUGUGUAUUUUAGAAAAAGGCCGAAAGGCUAUAAACUUAUUAACUCGACAGAGCACGAAGAAAACUAAAACAAAGAAGUAUUAAGCUGGCAGCUUUUAGCUACACUGACUAAGUAAUUUUUAAUUCCAAGUUUAGUUUAAAUGGCACGCAUGGCUACAACUAAUUUUAUUAAAAUAUGCAGGGUUUAAGUGACAAAUACAUUUAACAUGGGUCUGCGAGACCCAAGGGUUUAGUAGAUUUUAAUUAAAUUUUGCGUUUCUUUUUAUACCCAUUUUUUCGCUAAACUUGGAGCAAAAACAAACUCUAAACUGUGAUCUCGUAUAUUUUUAAACGGUAUUGCCUUCUUUAUCUCACAAACACUAUUAAAUUUUAGCGAGUAGGUAAUUAUACUCAAUUUGUACAUAAUAUGACCUUUGGUUUUAUAGACUUAAUAUAUAGCCUUUAGGGUAAACCGCUAAUUUCCAACAGCCUAAUUAUAUUUAGGAGGUUCACUUGUGGUUGUCCAAACUAUAGCAAUUAUUAGACAUUGGAGCUUCUCUGUUAUUAUUGUUGAAAAUUUCCAAACGAUGCUGUAAAUACCUACUAUUAUCCAUUGAACUUUGGAAACUUUGUCGCAUUUUUGCACUCGUUGGUCCACCACUUCGUUAUUUCUGUUUUAACGGACUUCAAUCGUCCAGCAGUUGAACUAUUGCGGAAUAAAUAAGCUAAAGCCUUUUCUGCUAAAUAUUUAUUGAACAUAAAUAAAUGUGGUACAAAAAGGA